UAGCUUUGUAUCCCCUUCCUGUCACUGCCUCCGUCUUCAAUCCUUCAUCGCCGAUUCUCUUCUGGUUUGUCUCGUUUUUUUCAAGGCUAUUUCACAACAAACCUCAAGAUGCAGAACGAUGAAGGACAAAUCACCGAGCUCUACAUUCCUAGGAAGUGUUCUGCUACAAACAGAUUGAUUACUGCUAAGGAUCAUGCUUCCGUUCAGAUUAACGUCGGUCAUUUGGAUGAGAGCGGUGUCUACAAUGGUCACUUCUCUACCUUUGCUCUAUGUGGCUUCACUCGCGCUCAGGGAGAUGCUGACAGUGGAAUUGACCGUCUGUGGCAGAAAAAGAAAACCGAACUUAAGCAAUAGAUGGUGUGAUUACCUCUUUGUUGUGUUUCUUUUUGACAGAUUUAUGGGUUGAGUUCCCACCUUUUCCUUAGAGAUAUUGAAUUAUUUUGAUCUAUGUAUUGCAAUACUUAUUUUGAAUUUACUUUUGGUACCUUCAAUGCAUUUGUCUAAAUUGCUUUAUAA